CGCCCUUAAAUUCCAAUUAAUUAAAUUAAACCAAAUAACCGAAGAGCAAAGCUGCACGGUGUUGCCACGUGUGUUGAUGGCCCCGGAUGGCGGAGGAAUGAAUAACGGCGGUGGAGCGUCGGGGAGGACCGGAGGCGCGCGGCAGAUGCUGAAGAAAGGGCCGUGGACGGCGGCGGAGGACGCGAUUCUGAUGGAGUACGUUAAGAAGCACGGCGAAGGGAAUUGGAAUGCGGUGCAGAGGAAUUCUGGAUUGAUGAGAUGCGGUAAGAGUUGCAGGUUAAGGUGGGCUAAUCAUCUCAGACCUAAUCUCAGAAAAGGCGCUUUUUCCCCCGAAGAAGAACGCCUCAUCGUCGAGCUUCACGCUAAGCUCGGUAACAAAUGGGCUCGCAUGGCCGCUCAGUUGCCUGGAAGAACAGAUAACGAGAUCAAGAAUUACUGGAACACUAGGUUGAAGAGAAGACAGAGAGCCGGAUUGCCUAUAUAUCCUCAAGAAAUUCAACCGCAAAACACAUAUCAUCAUCCCAACCAGAUUCUAAUACAACAAACUCGAUCCAGCCGUUCAUCGUCUCCACUGUCAGCGCUUUUAUCAGCUCCGCCGCCGCCGACGCAUCACCUGCCCAAGCCCGCCCCGUAUAAUCCCCCUCCGUCUAUUUACGACCAUAUGUUCGAUUCUCCGGCGGCGACCAUGAAAUCUCCUCCGACAACGGCUCUCCAGGGCCACAACUCUCAUUUCAAGUUCUUCUCAGCCCCUCCGGGUGGCCUCGCUUUAACAUUGGCGGCCUCGUCUAAUAAACCCAACCAGUUCUCUUCCCCUGUUACGCCGCCAUUGCCGAAACAUUUCAACGCGCCGUUGCCAAUUCCGUCACUCCCGUUUAGCGCCGCUCUCCAUCCCGCCAUGUCUUCCUUCUCCGCCGUCUUCGCCGGCCCCACGGGAGCGAACUUGCAAGAGCGACCUUCAAUCCAAACCCCCGUGCCGGCGUCCACUCCGACCACAUCGUCCGGGAUCACCGGGAGCCUUUACCCGGCGCCGAGCGACGACGCUAAUGACUAUGAAGUUCUCCCGGGCUUACCGCGAAGCAACAGUGGGUUAUUGGAGGAUUUAUUGCACGAGUCUCAUGCUUUGACGCGCGACGACGUCGAGAAAAUUAACAAAGAUUCCUCAGACGGAAAAGGGAAACAAAAAUCUACGUCGUACGAGUACGAAGCUUUGCUGGGAAAUCCAACACCGCCCUCCGUCCAUGAACAAGCAGUCUAUAGUUUUGGCUAUGAAGGCGAAGCAGCUUCAGCCAAGGAAACUAAUAGUCCGGUGGACGACGACAUAUUGAGUCUUCUUGACAAUUUUCCACUGGCUUUACCAGUUCCUGACUGGUACGACGACGGGAAGGGCGGCGGCGAUUUAGUGAACGGAGGAGCAUUUAAUACGAUGCAGGACGGCGGUGGUGCCACCGGCGCCGUGGGGAAUCAUAAAGAAGAGUCGAAAUCGUCGAGCACGACAACCUCGGAGGCAACGUUGUGCUGGAAUAACAUGCCUUGUAUUUCCUAGACUAGAAAGAAAUAUUGUGUAGGUUACGUUAGGUUAUAGUAUUGUUGUGAUAGACCUUAAUUUCUGAGAACUUUUUAAUUUUUAAUUUGGUAUGGAUCUUAGGCUGGCGAUCAGUAGUUAAUUCAUCAAACUUCCAAGCCAUAGCAUGAUUGUACUACUGUUGGGUUGUGACGAAUGGGAUGAGCUUAUGUUGUUGUCU